ACAGCAACGUGCAAAACACUCCGGUUUGUUAGAUUUUCUCUCUCUGUUUGCUGUGUUGAAGUUGGAGACAUUUAGACGUCAUGGCUGAGAUGGACGACGAGGACCUUCAACAGCUGUACACGUGGAUCGAUGAAAUUCCUCUCUCGCGGCCCAAGAAAAACAUCGCGCGAGACUUCAGCGACGGAGUGCUGACCGCCGAGGUGGUGAAACAUUUCCUUCCCAAAAUGGUCGAUCUCCACAACUACACGCCUGCCAACUCAAUCACUCAGAAGAUCGGGAAUUGGACGACUCUGAACAGAAAAGUGUUUGCAAAGUUGAGUUUCACUGUUCCCGAGAAUGUCAUCAAAGGAGCCGUGAAUUCUCGACCGGGAGUCAUCGAGUUCGUUCUGAACAACUUGAGAGUGAAAAUACAAAAGCACAUGAGUAGAAAACAAAACGAGAAAAGCAUGCCAAAGUCACUUGAUGACGGUCACGUAACUGACAUGUUUAAUGGAGAUUCUGACAUCUUGUAUUCUAACUCGAUCGACAUGAUGGGCACAGGAGCAUACAGUAUGGUUCCAUCAUUGAUAUCAAAACACACAGACUCGGGUGCAGUUCGAGUUCCUCCGAAUGGUUCCACAAUUCGAUAUCACCCGACGCCACAGAAUUAUCUCUCGGUGACAGGACACAUACCCAGACGAAGCACAGUACCCGAAGCUGAUGGUCGUUAUGUGCAAAGAAGCGAUGAGAUCAGAGUACAGUCGCUGAUCAAUCGAUUUCCUCACGUCGAUCCACGAAUCGCAAUACAAGAGAAAGAACAGCAACUGCUCGAAGCUCAGGAAACGAUUCAAAUAUUGCAAGUGAAGGUGCGACGAAUGGAGCACUUGCUUCGUCUCAAAGACAUGCGAAUCGAAGAGCUAGCGAAACGCCUACAACUCUCAACCCUCCACCCACCGACAUAACCGACUCAUUAGACGUCCAACUAUUUGUAAAAAGAUUUAUACAGUAAUUUCAGUUUUAAUUCCAUUUAAUUGCCCAGGUAAUAUAUUAGCAUAAGGUGUGAUAAAAGUUCAAGACUCGAAUAGAGUAUCCAU